CCCUCAUACCCGGACGUCACUUUAAAUAGCCUGCCUGCCUCUCUUCCAUCAUCUUGUACAACGAACCAUAAAAAUCCACUAUGUCACUUGAACUCUGUGUCUGAUCCGUAACAGCAACCCGCAGUCACCAAGAACCAGGUUGGGGACAAAAAAAAAAAAAAAAUUUAUUCCCCCCCCCCCCCACAUUUAUAUCGACACGGGAGAAGAUUUUGAGAAAGAAAGUGCGACAUUUUUUAUUUAUUUAUUUAUUUAUUUAUUUUUUGACACAAGGAGAAAACUAAACGGAUUCAGUUGCAGGACGAUGUGUAACUUGGAGCUACUAUAAUGGCGAAAUACCCAUGAAAUCCUCCCGGCUACGACACACAGGACGAGGAGGAGCAGAAGAAGCAGAAGCCGUGAUUCCACCCCCGCCCGAUGAGCACAUUUUCAGCCCGCAUUACCUGUCUGCACACGGCGAAGAGACGAGAGGAUGUUAUCUCGGUUAAAUGAGCUGAUAUGGGCCGACUGGAUCUGGUUCCCAGAAGGCUACGGCUGGGACGACCUGAAGGAUCAUGAUGGGAAAGUCUUCCCUAAAACUCGGGACCUGUGGGCGGUUCUCCCCGUCUCGCUCUGCUUCCUCAUCAUCAGACAGAUAUUUGAGCAGACAAUAGCACUUCCUUUAGCGUCUCUGCUGGGAGUGAGAGACAAGCAUCGUGACUGUGUGUCGCCUAAUCCCGUCCUGGAGUCUCACUUCUGUAGCAAAUCAAAACAUCCCACACAGAGAUCCAUAGAGAGUUUAAGUAAACAGACGGGAUGCUCGGUGCGACAGGUGCAGCGGUGGUUCAGGCGACGGAGAAAUCAAGACCGACCCAGCAAGCUCAAGAAGUUUCAGGAAGCGAGCUGGAGGUUUACAUUUUACCUUCUUGCUUUCUUUGCUGGCCUGGCAGUCCUUGUUGAUAAACCGUGGUUCCAUGAUGUAAAACUGGUGUGGGAAAACUUCCCCAAAAUGCCGCUGUUGACCUCCCAGUACUGGUACUACAUGAUCGAGCUCGGCUUCUACGUCUCCCUGGUUUUCAGCGUGGCAUCGGAUGUCAAGCGGAAGGAUUUCAAAGAACAAAUCGUUCACCAUGUGGCUACCAUCCUCCUCAUCAGCUUCUCCUGGCUGGUCAACUACAUCCGAGCCGGGACUUUGAUCAUGUUGGUGCACGACGCCUCUGACUAUCUUAUGGAGUCGGCCAAAAUGUUUAACUACGCAGGCUGGAAAAAAACCUGCAACUUCAUCUUCACUGUGUUCGCUGCAGUUUUCAUCAUCACCCGCCUCAUCAUCUUCCCCUUCUGGAUCAUAUAUGCAACAGGCGUGUACCCGCUGUCCCUCUACUCCACCUUCUUCGGCUUCUACUUCUUCAACGGGCUGCUGGUGGUGCUGCUGAUUCUGCACGUCUUCUGGACGGGACUCAUCCUACGCAUGGUCAUCAAAUUCCUGCCAGGAAAUGACAUCGUGGAGGACGAGCGCAGCGAUAAAGAGGAGACGGAGUCAGACGACGAAGACGACUGCGGCAAGCCGAAGAACGGCCAUGUGCAAAACGGUCACUCUGUCCUCAACAACCACAGGAAAAGAGACUGACUGGGCAGAAAGAGAGAGACUGGGUGAUUUCAAAACAACAAAAAAGAAAAGGUGACGGUGGCGCUCUCAUCUGGAAGCUGAAGAACAUGCAGCAGGCAUCACGCUCAGAUUUACUCUCGUUUGUAUUCUACGUUUUAGGAAACGCAGUCAGCUCCGAGGAGAUGGCCCGGCCUCUUUGUGGAUUACACUAAGAUAGAAAAGGAGCUGUUACGAUCCCGUUUGCCUCCAAGCAGCAGAACAAAUUUCCACUUCUAUGUUUUUCCUCUUUGCCAGCCCGCCUGCUCGCAGCUUUGUUUCCUUGGUGGGAAUAUUUCCUGGAAACUCGGCUCUUCAGAUGGUUUCUCCCGUCCCCCGCAGCUCAUUAAUGCUCUUCCGAGUGUCGAUCUAAAAACUUGACUUAUUUUUGCUCUAAAUAAACGCACUGACGCCAGAGAUGAUAUGAUGAGCACUACUGUAAAUGUGGCAGUGAUUUCUUCUUUUUUUUUUUUUUUUCUCUCCUAUGGACCAUAAAUCGCCUUAAGUCCAAAGUUUUAUUCAAUUACAAAAAAAAUUAAAAAAAUAAAGGUUUGUGCUGCGUUUCUGCCGCUCUGGCUAUUUUCGGUUAAACGUUGCGCCUCCAGCCAGGUUUAAGACGAAACGAUUGCUAAAUAAUAAUAUUUUUGUAAUAGUGCGAGUGAAGGUGGCUAGCUUGCCAUAUGAACUGAAAUGUGCCUUUGGAGAAAUGUGUCUUUAAAUACUCACUUUUCUGAGAGAUGGCUUGUUUUAAAUGUUUGUUUUGUUUAAAAAUCUUAAAGUUUCCUCACUUUUCUUUUCAUCGUUUAAUUCCGUUAGUGCGGCCAAAAAGUUAAAAUUUGGGAGCAAAGUGUUUGAUUAAGUCGAUCAGUAAAUGUUGAUUCUUUUCUGGCCGGAGUAAUCCAAAGCAUAUCCAUUUACUAUACUUGUUUUUAUUUUAUUUUUUAUUUUUAUUAUUUAUGUCUCGGUCAUCUUGAGAUGCACUUUACGGUUCUUUAGACGAUCAGUAUUGUCUGAAAAAAAAAAACAACUGGUGAAUCAUUUUAGUUGCAGUGUUUGAUUCAGAUUUCAAAUCAUUUGUUUGGAGGUUCAAAAAAAUGAUUUCAACCGUUUAUUUUUAUAUUUAUUCACAUUUAUUCACAUUAUUCAUUUGUUUUGAUAGAAUUUUUUGGUUUAGCCAGGAACAAAGAAAGAUGGUAGUGAGUAAACAAAAUGUAACGCCAAAUUGUUGUUUACAUUUUCUAAGACGCUGUUAUUUGCAAGUGCCUUCAUCAUUUCAACUGUUAAAUUGUUAGAAAAAAUAAAUCUUCUUUUCGAAUGCCUUCUUGACCAAUCACACGCAGCUCUCGUUUUGACAACUUUGCUUCUGCUGACGUGUUUUUAUCCUCCCUGAGUUGUACAUUUCUAACAUGGAUGACAUAAAUUCGUGUGGAAAA